UAUGUGGCGUGAGUAAUUAUGGAACUGUUCUUUUCAGAUGAUUUAAAAGGAGAGCUAGAUGAGUACAUCCAAAGAUACCUGCCUGCAAAAGUCCAGGUCAUAAGAAAUAGGAAACGUGAGGGAUUGAUCCGAGGAAGAAUGAUCGGAGCAGCCCAUGCUACAGGAGAAGUCCUGGUGUUCCUAGACAGCCACUGUGAGGUGAAUGUGAUGUGGUUGCAGCCCUUGCUGGCCGUCAUCCUCGAGGAUCCACACACUGUGGUGUGCCCCGUGAUCGACAUCAUCAGCGCUGACACACUUGCCUACAGCUCAUCCCCAGUGGUGCGGGGAGGUUUUAACUGGGGCUUGCACUUCAAGUGGGAUUUAGUUCCUGCAUCUGAGCUGGGAGGAGCUGAUGGAGCCACUGCACCAAUAAGGGAGCAGUACUUUUCCCUAAGACCUGAUUUGAAGACCAAAAGCUUUGGAAACAUCAGUGAGCGUGUUGAAUUGAGGAAGAAACUGGGCUGUCAAUCAUUCAAAUGGUAUUUGGACAAUAUUUACCCUGAGAUGCAAAUACCUGGUCCAAAUGCCAAACCUCAGCAGCCCAUCUUCAUCAACAGAGGGCCCAAGCGUCCCAGAGUCCUUCUGCGCGGACGGCUCUACCACUUGCAGACCAACAAAUGCCUGGUAGCCCAGGGCCGCUCCAGCCAGAAAGGAGGCCUGGUGCUGCUUAAGGCCUGUGACUAUGGAGACCCGACUCAGAUCUGGAUUUAUAAUGAAGAGCAUGAGUUGAUUUUGAACAACCUCCUUUGCCUCGAUAUGUCAGAAACUCGCUCUUCAGACCCACCUCGACUCAUGAAGUGCCAUGGGUCAGGAGGAUCUCAGCAGUGGACCUUUGGGAAAAACAAUAGGCUAUACCAAGUGUCUGUUGGACAGUGCCUAAAAGUGGUAGACCCGACGGAUCAGAAGGGCUCUGUUGGCAUGGCCAUCUGUGAUGGCUCCUCCUCCCAACAGUGGCGCCUACAAGGUUAAGGUGGGCCCUGGAUGGAGACAACAUAAUUUGCCAGGUUUUGUCAUACCUGCUAUAAAUCAAGGUGCUUUAUGAAGGAUGCUGCAGACCCCAGCAGACAAGAACCUUGGUAGAAGGUUACCAUCACAGGAACAGAAGGUGCUUCACUGGGACUUGGGUUAUUUCUGAGCUGCUGCUAAGGGAUUCUUGUUUAUCCAGGGAAAACAAAAUAAAUAUCAGGAUUUGGGUCUAUUAGUACAAACCCAGGAAGCAGACAUUUGUAUUUAUUUACGUUUCUCUCAUUCUCCUUUGGAGAGGGAACGGUUUCUGUCUAAUCAGGAACUUGUUACAAUUUCCUUUCAUAGAGGACUUCAUAGGAGAUUUUUUUUUUAACUAUCAUUUGUUUAAUAUUUCUAAUAGAUUUUAAAACUGGUUGAAUGCAUAUUACUUUUAGCUUCAGAAGGUAUCAUGUAUAUUUAAGAGGCAUUUAACUACUAUAAAUUAUUUUAAUGUCUACAUUAAAUAAAGGAUCUUUUUGAUCAUUUAA